UGUUUUAAGUCUUCGUCUUUUUACGUGUUUAACUGAAACCUCAGUUUCUUUGAUUGAAAAUGAAUAAUAACAAUCUCAUUAUUUUGAGUUUUGGUUUUAACGCGCUUCGUUGACGUCAUAUUCAUUCGCCACGCGACGGUAAACAGAGUGACGUCAUAUGUGUGGGACGCGUCAGUGAAUGGAGGAAAGAAGCUGAAAGGAUAGAAAAAAACGAUGAAUUCUCUGAACUGAACGUGAACGAGACUUUGACGACUGACGUCACUCAGGAAAAGGGGGAGUGGUCAUCAUGCUGAGUGUUGUAGGGCUGGUGAGGGGUGGCGUUCUGAAGCUCCGCCUCCUGCAGCUUCCUGUUCGUGGGGUUUGUUCGGUUGUAAACAGGAAGUGGUCUGUAUCCACAGGAACCAUAGCCUGUUGUCAUUGGUCACAUGUCAGGGCAGCGUCAGGCGUCCGCGGUGGCGAUGUGGCAUCCAGUUGGUACGACAGCCUGGCGGACUCGGCUCUGGUUCACCUGUGCGAGAACUUCAUGGUGAGCAUGCAGCAGGUGAGCGGGUUGCCGUGGUGGCUGAGUAUCGUCGUGGCGACGCUGUCUGUCAGGUCACUCGUCACCCUGCCACUCGCCGCCUAUCAGCUGGUCAUCAUCUCCAAGGUUGAGGCCCUGCAGGCGGAGAUCGCUGAUGUGGCAAAAAGGCUUCGAUACGAAGUUUCAGUCCGAGCGAGAGAAAGAAGCUGGACAGACAAACAAAGCCGGGUUCAGUUCCAGAGGAAUCUGCGAAGGAUCAGGACUCAGCUCUACGUCAGAGAGAACUGUCACCCGUUUAAGACCAGUCUGCUGGUCUGGGUUCAGCUGCCACUCUGGAUCAGCUUCAGUCUGGCUCUGAGGAACCUGAGUCUGGUUCAGUCUGAGGUUCAGGGUGAUCUGGCAGCAGGGGGCGCUCUCUGGUUCUCUGAUCUCACCUCACCUGACUCCACCUGGAUCCUGCCAGUCUGUCUGGGACUUGCUAACCUGCUGAUUGUUGAGGUGUUUUCUCUUCAGAGACGAAAUCCGACAUCUUUUCAGAAGCUGCUGCUGAACUUUAUCAGAGGAUUCUCAGUCCUGAUGGUACCACUCGCUGCCACAGUCCCCUGUUCCAUGGCUCUGUACUGGUUCACCUCCAGUCUGGUCGGCUUCAGUCACAACCUGGUCCUUCGUUCUUCGAGGAUCCACAGAAUCCUGCGACUGCGCACCGAUGGAUCAGCGUCGCCGUACAGAGACCUGCUGUCAGCCUUCAUCAAGAAAUACUGUCAACACUGAUGACUUACACAGGAAGUGAUGUCAUUCAAUUAAAAAAACCAUCAAACAAAAAA